AUGUACUUAGAUUGUGCAGACCGAAACGACGUGAACGCGUCAGUUUUGAGGAUAAAAGAUGCGCAGGUUUUGAAGAAUCUGGACCCCAAGUCGGAAGCACUUUACUACGACUUGAAGACAGCGGCGGGCGAGAACCAGUUCUCACGACGACUGGGGCUGGCAGUGGCCCUCCAGGUCGUACGAGCGCUGCAGGCUUGCCCCCGCCAGCACGGCCUGCCAACGCUGCAAGAACUUAGCGACAUUGGCAUACCCACCCGGCAAGGUAAGUUCGAUUUCCAGGCUCCCGAAGUAGCCGUCGCUCUCUUCCCCCAAGCAACCACAACUGAUGAAGAAGCCUGCGUCGCCGCAGCUGGCCGUGUGCUGCGGCAAUUCGCCUGCGCCGCCUGCAUUGUCCCACCCCAGGCUUUCGGCACCAGACCGCCAGCAUCCAUCUGCUGCGAGCCAGUCCAACCAGCCAUAUUAGACGAUCGCCAGCUCCUCAAGGUACUCUCCGGAGUCGGCUGCAAGGACCUUUCGAGCUGGGAAGACCGCCUCCUUAGAUUCUACGAACAACUCACUGACACACAGCACACAGACCAAGCCUGGGCACUCGGCUUCCGCAACUAA